AAGGAUGCAACGACUUGGUGCUGCGGCGUGGCUGGUGGCCUUGGCGCUGGUGGCGGGAGCGGGGGCGGCACCACGGGCCGACGAGGAGCCGGUAGCCUUCGGUCUGAAGGAGGUGCUGGAUGGGACCUACAGUGCCAGAGGCAUGGGCGGCGUGUGGGUGUCGGGGAAGGAGAUCGCGCGACGCACCUCGGCCGGCGCCAUCGAGGUUUACAACGUCGACACCAAGGCCACCACCACACUUCUCCAAAGCUCUGCUCUGGGGAAUCGCAACACGAACUUAGGAACUUGGACCCUGUCCGCAGACAAGAAUAAGCUGUUGUGGAGCUACGAUGUGAAAGCAGGUUUUCGACACUCAACUGAAGCGAAGUACGCAGUAUACAAUUUUAAAACCAAGGCGUGGAAGAAUCUUCAUAAGGAGGAACACCUGCAAAUAGCGUUGCUGCCUCCUGAAGGCGACGGUGUGGCUUACGUGUACGAUAACAACGUGUACUACGUUGAAAACAUCACUGAAUCAGACACUGCGAAAGGCGUCACGAGGGAUGGUUCAGCAUUUAUCUACAAUGGGGUACCAGACUGGGUUUACGAAGAGGAAGUGCUGAGUUCCGGUUCUGCCAUGUGGUUCUCUCCCAAUGGUUCAUUUUUGGUAUAUGCAAGAUUCGAUGAUAGUAACGUGAAACCGUAUACUUAUAUUACUUAUGGCACCGAACAAUAUACAAAGGGCGAAGUGCUGUUAUAUCCAAAGCCCGGAACAGACAAUCCAACUGUUACUUUACACGUAGCAAACCUUACAAGUAAAGAAAUCGACUCAAAAUCCUUGAUUGCUCCUAACACUGGGGUGGAGAUUUUGCAAAAUGUGGCGUGGGCCGGCAAUGAAACAGUGCUCGUUACUUGGUUAAAUCGCAUUCAAAGUAAUGUUACCGUCGCUUCUUACAAUCCCCCCUCUGUUGGAACUGCAGCGUCCUGGGCACAAAAAACUGAACUCACUGAUUCCGAGGCGAAAGGUUGGUUGGACGUUGGCACUCCUCGAGCCAGUAGUCCAACUGCCUGGGUGGCGCUGUGGCCACGCUCCUUAAACGGGGAGCGAUUUACGCGUCCCACAGUCUUCAGAAGUUCAGCUGGCGGCCAGGCUCAGCCCAGCGACGUCGUACACGUCAACCUAACCGCCACCGCCCUGUACGGAUGGGACGUUAAAAACCAACGCAUCUACUUCCAGGCAGCACCCCCACGUUAUCCGGCGCAGCGCCACGUGUACUCCAUAAACGACCAAGGAGCGGCGAAUCUGCAGUGCUUGUCGUGCAGCCUGGUGCAGCCGUACGAGGGCGGCACGGCCUGCCUCUACGCGUCGGCCUCCUUCAGCACGGACUUCUCGCGCGCCGCCUUCACGUGCUCGGGCCCGGGCCCCGCCGCCGUGCGCCUGGCCACGAUAACGACAGACGGCGGUGCCACCUGGGGAGAUUACUUGGAAGAAAAUAAAGAGCUUAUCGAGAAGCUGAGCAAGCGAAAACUGCCGUCCGUGGAGGGCAACUUUACGCUUGAAGUCGCACCCGGGAUCGUCGCGCAAGCUCGCUUGUGGCUGCCGCCGAACUUGGAUAAAUCGAAGAAAUACCCAAUGAUCGUCUACGUGUACGGUGGUCCUGGAUCGCAGCAAGUGUCUGAAUCCUUCUCCGUGAACUGGGGCAGCUACCUCACAACCAACAAGAGCUACAUCUACGCGUCCAUCGACGGCCGCGGCUCGGGCUUCCAAGGCUCCAACACGCUGUACGCGCUCUACAAGCAGCUGGGCACCGUGGAAGUGCAAGACCAGAUCGGCGUGACGCAGGCGCUGGUGAAGGCGUUCCCGUACAUCGACGCGACGCGCGUGGGCAUAUGGGGGUGGAGCUACGGGGGCUACGCCACCGCCAUGGCCAUGGCGAGGGACACCGACGGCACGUUCCGCUGCGGGGCGUCCGUCGCGCCCGUCACGUCCUGGGACCUCUACGAUACUAUUUAUACAGAGCGGUACAUGGACUUGCCAAGUAGAAAUGACGCCGGUUAUAAAGCCGCCAACAUUUCGAACAAGAUUGCCAACUUCGAGAAGCACGAGUUUUACUUGCUGCACGGGAACGCGGACGACAACGUCCAUUACCAGCAAGCCAUGCGCCUGGCGCGCGCUCUGGAAGAGAACAACAUUUUCUUUCUGACGCAGAGUUACCCUGACGAGAACCACAGUAUCCGAUCGGUGGUGCAGCACGUGUACAUGUCAAUGACUGUCUUCUUCGACGAGUGCUUGGCCCCGUUAAACUCCGCCCCUACGAAGGUUCUGCUGCCUGCUCUCCUGCUCUUUCCCCUUCUAGCUCGUUUGCUGGCGUAGUUCCCCGUCACUCUCGUGAUAUCUGUUAAUGCCAUCCUAUCAUAAAAUAUCAACACAGAGCUAGUCCCCCUCCCAUUCUUCUAAAAAAUCGUAUGACAAAGCAAUAUACAAUUGUAACAUCGAACUCAUAGGAUAUUUAACUUGAUAGAACGCCAAAAAUAAUGAAUGCUUGGAUUACUAAAAAUAUGUAUUCUUUCAAUAAUUGUAUAAUGCCAUUACAGUAUUUAUAUGUAAUUCAAUACGUAUUGUAUUUAUUAUACACGUGGUAUUUUUGAAGUUCUCUAAUGUGAACCACAACAUCUAUUCAGGUGCAACAUGUAUUGAUAUCAAAGACUGCAUUCAUUUGUUGUAAUUCGCAUUUGCAUUCCACCUAAUAUUUCAGAAACCCCACAUUUACUAUAUCUGUGUUGAUAGCUCUCUUAGUGAUUGUUCUCUUUCCCUUCUCUAUCUUUUCAUGUAUUUUAUUCCUUUCUUCUUUUUUCUUAGUCCUAUUUCUUUAUUUCUCAACUCCACUUUGAUUCCUGUGACACUUUUGUAAUUUCUAUAAUUGGUACAUGUAAUUAAACGUUUUUAUUUAAUGUAUUAAUACUAAUUUUGU